CAUCCAUUCAUUCUCCUUUAUAAAGCAGGAGCUUCCUAAAAUCUGAAUCUUAAUAGAAAAUAAUUCAUAACAUGAAGAGCUCUCAGUUUCAACCUGAGAAACGGAAGCUCAUGAUUGUGGCAAUAGUAGGAUUGAUCGCCGCCACUGUACUUAUCUCCAGCUUUCUUCGCUCCGCCGAGAACUCCUUCUUCUGUUCAUUGGCCGGUUCACGAGCCCGAGAUAUAUCCGAUUACUCGGCCACUCCGAUUCAACUCCAUGCCAUCUUCCACUACGCCACCUCAAAAACCGUUCCACAGCAAACCCGCGCCGAAAUAACCGUCUCCUUCAACGUCCUCAAGGACAAAGCGCCUCUCAACUUCCUUGUUUUCGGUCUGGGAUACGACUCAAUGAUGUGGAACUCACUUAAUCCACAUGGCAACACCUUAUUCCUUGAAGAAGACCCUAAAUGGGUCCAGCACGUUCUCAAAGAUGCCCCGACGCUCAAAGCCCACGCGGUUCAGUACCGCACGCAGCUCUUCGAAGCCGAUCAUCUCCUCUCAACGUACAAAUCCGAGCCCAACUGUAGGGCCUCAAAAGCGUACAUUCGUGGCAACAUAGAAUGUAAAUUAGCGUUGACUGGUCUUCCCGACGAAGUGUACGACAUUGAGUGGGACAUGAUCAUGAUCGACGCGCCGCGGGGUUACUUCCGGGAGGCACCGGGGAGAAUGGGCGCAAUAUUCUCGGCGGCAGUUAUGGCGAGACAACGGAAAGGAUCAGGUGUGACGCACGUGUUCCUGCACGACGUUGAUCGGAGAGUGGAGAAGGUUUUCGCGAAGGAGUUCUUGUGUAGAAAGUACUUGAAACAUUCCGUAGGGAGACUCUGGCAUUUCGAGAUACCUUCAGUAGCCAACUCCAGCGACGUGGCGAACAAUGAUAGUUUUUGCUGAAACGCCGCGUUAUGACAUCAUCGUCGGCGUUACAGUUGUACGUUAAAUUAUAUGAUCAAUGACCAUUUUAGACAUGAGUAUUAUGCUUUAAUUAAUUUUUAAUUAGUGAUUAUCUUAA